AUGGCUGAACAGUCAUGUCCGCAAUGUCGGCAUAAAGAGACACCGACUACAAUCCAUAGAAUCUAUUUGAAUAUUGCUUCUUCUGAAGGAAUUGCUGAAGAUGUGGCCACACUACAGGCUAGAUUGGACACUGUCAAGUUUGAGAUUUCUGUCAAGGAGCAGAAUCUCAUGGAUUAUGCAUCAAAGUACAAACGAUGCAAGGCAAAAUGUGUUAUGUUAAAAGAAUCAAUUGUUGAAAUGGAACAAGAACAAAGAACUCAUGAAACUAACAUGCUUGCCCUCCAAACACAAUUGAAGAGUUACCAGGAAAGAGCAAGGGAUAAAGAUAAACUAGUUGUAGAAAUAGAACAACUUAAGAAGCAAAUUGACAGCAUGGAUCAUCUCAAAACCAUGCUCACCAAUUGUGACCAACAAAGCAAUUUAAUAUUGAAUCAAAACAAUGAUGCAAACUCACUAGCAAUUUUAUCUGGUACAUUAAAAAGUCAACUAGAAGCAACAAAACAGAAGAAUAAAGACAUGUCCUCGCAAAUCUAUCGCAUCGGGAAGGAAAUGUUGCAUACAAACAGUAUUACAGCUAAACUACGAAGUCGCUGCCAACUUAUGGAGCCUGGAUCAUGUGGAAACUGCACAUCGGAGAUUAAUUAUUUGACAGGGAAAAUUAAUCAAAUGCGCAGGCGCAGCAGUGGUGGUUCUACGCCAAACUGCACCAGAACUUCAGGUUCCACUUCAGUACUGGAUUAUAGUGAUGUGAUGGUGUAUGAAGUGGACUCACCACAACGCCCAUCAAAAUCUAUGGAUCCAAUCGUUAUUUUGAGCGAUGUUUCACCCGAUUCAACAUCUCCGGAAUCCGCAACCAGAAAUACAGCAAAAUCCAGCGCAUCAGGCACACCUAUGAUUGGUAAGGGUGUAAAGAGAGCAAAAUCUUCGAUGUCUACCACUUCUACACGCAAGUUGAGACGGCUCUCGCCCAGAAACGCAAAGAAGGCACAGUAA